UCUCCUUCUCUCCCUCUCUGCAAUCGUCUGUUUGCUCUAACCCUUGCCGGAAUGGCGCCGCCGCAGACGAAAGGAACAGUGACGCCGUUAGGGUCGUUGUUCUCAGAGGAGGAGGCACGGAAAGCAGCUAGCUUCGUCGAGGAGAGAAUCAGAGAGAAGCGGGAAGAGAUGAAUCGUCUUCAACAGUUCGUCGACGAGAACGACAAUCUCAUCAGCCUCGUCAAGAAGCUCCCCGAUCAACUCCAUCACAACAUCAUGGUUCCUUUCGGUAAAAAAGCAUUUUUUCCAGGUCGAUUGAUUCACACCAACGAGUGUUUGGUGUUUUUGGGAGAGAAUUAUUAUACGGACAGAACAUCGAAGCAGACAGUUGAUGUUUUGAGGAGAAGAGACAAGACUCUACAGUCUCAGAUUCAUUCUCUUAAAGCUGAGAUUGAUGAUUUUCAAACGGAGGCUUCUUUCUUUGCUAAAACUGCUUCAGAAGUAUCGGAAGGGCUUCUUGAGAUAAGAGAAGAGUAUGAAGAUGAUGAAGAAGAAGAAGAUUCUUCUGCAACUGUGCUUACUCCAGGUGUUAAGAAAGAAGAGUCUUCUGGUCAUACUGGAGGAGAGGCUGGAGAAGGUGAAGAUAAAGACGAUGAAUUUGCUCGAAUCAUGGCCAAGUUGAACGAGCUUGAAAUGGAAGAAGAACAGGAGGAGGGUGAGGAUGAGGAUGAUGGAAGUAAGGAACAUGAUGUGGAGGAGAGCGAGCAGGACAUUGUGAAGGGUCUCGGAGAUAAACCAGACGACAAUAGGAUUGGAUCUGUUCUUGACAAGGUGUCUGGUCAUAGCUCUUCUGUUGGACCGGAGCCACAGUAUCUCCAAAAAGAAGAUCAACCACGUGGCGGAAUCCCCCAGCAAAACGCUGAAACAUGGAGAGACUUUCAAGCAACAGCAUCCGCUGUUUCCAGAGCAAAAGCAAGUUCCAGUACUGUAGUUCCACAAAAGAUAGAGUCACCUAUACAGAAACCGGAGCCUAAGUUUGAUACUAACAAGGCUUUUACUGGAUCGAUCGUAGAGCACUUUCAUAAUCUAGAAACCAACACACACGGCAAAAUGCAGCCUUCAGGGUCUCAACCAUCAAAACCGGUUUCAAGAUUCAAGGCACAGAGAAGGUAGCCAAGUAGUGAGGUCUAUAUGUACAAUUUUGUUUGGUUUGCCUUUUGAUAUGUAAGAAGUGAGAACACAUACAUGUGUAUGUGCAUCUUAUAAACAAUUUCAUUUGUCAAAUCUAAAUCAGGAAGUCUGCUGAUACUUGAUGAUUGUCUUUAAAGUCUGUUUGAAAGUGUGUAAUCGGAUUGCCUUGCGAGAGAGAAAAUUGAAAAUUUAGGAACC